AGUGGGGAUUCAAAGCGCUAGGCUGCACAUCUUACGAACCCUAUUGUCUAUUGAUGCGAGCGUGGAAAGAUAACUUUGUUCUGGAAGAGAGAUACUUCUUUUCAUUAUGCGAACCAGUCUGCUUUUGGUGGUAACAAGUUUGGGCUUUUAAAGGCCCAUUAAGUUUGGUCAAAAUAAGCUCGUUAAAAUGGUAAUUUGCUUAGCGCAACAAGAAGCAUGCCUAGUCCCAUGCUUCUCCACCUACCAAGAUUAUUUAUCAUAAGUUUAAGGUUUGUUAUGUACUUAUGUCACAAGAAAUUUUUUUGAUUCUUUCCAUUUUUUUUUCCUCUUACGACUGCAAUGUGUACGGAUAUAGCGUUUCUUAAUUAUUAGACGAGAUCACACAAAAAUUUGUAUAUAUUGUCGUGGAGAGAGGGAUAGACAUUGUUGUAAGAAAGAAGGAUAAAACACAUUAGAUAUAGUAACUGUUACGUUACUGUGAUGUCUAUGUCUCUAUGAUAUAUAUGACAUUUGAUUUACAUUCAUCAUGGUUAGCAACGUACUAACUAAUAUUACUAAACGUAUAUAUGAAUGACUGGGAUUACUGAAAUAUUUGAUUCAUUACUAACAUUAGUUACCCUCCACCUAAACCAAUGCAGAGCUAAUCUAACAAAUCAAUGGAUGACCUUUGAAAUUUCGUUCAUUUGAGUCAUGAAUAACAUUACAUGCAUAUUAGUAUUACCACAAGAAUUUGCGCAUGUUUGUAAAAUGUGAAAAGCAAUGUAAGAUAUAUAAUUUUCAUUAGAAUUACAACUUUGUUAAUAAAUAUACGUACAUCUUUAUGUAUUCAAUUUUAAACAUCUUUAAAAAAAUUAGCGUGACAUUCUUUUCUCUUUACCAAAAUUAUCUUAUGUUUCAAACUUUCGAUGACUCCAUGAUAAUCCUUUAUGACAGUUUAGAGCUUGUAUUUAGCAAAAUGCCACUUUAGAAAGCUGACCAUAUCCAAAUUAAAAUAAAGUUAUCCUACUGACUAAAUUUUUUGAAACACUAUUAAAUUAAUACAGAUGGAACUUUUAAAAAAAAGAAAAAGGCGGGAAGAAGAAGCAUGGUGAGAGCCAUAAAGGUUGGUCACUCAUAAGCUGAUCACAUUCUCUUCCCUUUUAAAUACUCUGUGGACUCAGUAACUUAUCUUCACAACACAAUCAAAAUUCUCCAAUCUUUAUUCUAAAAUUUCAACCUAAUGGCUCCAACAGUCUCUACAACCCAAUUCUCGGACCCAGCUGAAGUAACCGAGUUCGUUGUCAACCAAGGAAACGGCGUAAAGGGUUUGUCAGAAACAGGAAUAAAAGCUCUUCCAGAUCAAUACAUUCAACCAUUCGAAGAACGUCUCAUCAACAAUUUCGUCAACGAGACAGACGAAGCCAUUCCUGUCAUCGACAUGUCGUACCCCGACGAGAGCAAAGUGGCUAAAGCUAUCUGUGACGCUGCUGAGAAAUGGGGUUUCUUUCAAGUGAUCAACCAUGGAGUUCCUUUGGAAGUUCUUGACAACGUGAAGGCCGCUACUCACAGAUUCUUCAAUCUUCCUGUAGAAGAGAAGAGCAAAUACACAAAGGAGAAUUCUCUGUCGACCAAUGUUAGGUUCGGUACGAGUUUCAGUCCUCGUGCAGAGAAGGCUUUGGAGUGGAAAGAUUAUCUCAGUCUCUUCUUUGUCUCUGAAACUGAAGCAUCACAGUUUUGGCCUGAUGUUUGCAAGAAUGAAGCUCUAGACUACAUGAACAAGUCCAAGACAAUGGUGAGGAAGCUUCUAGAGUAUUUGGGGAAGAACCUCAAUGUGAAAGAGCUAGACGAGACCAAAGAGUCACUCUUCAUGGGUUCGAUUCGAGUCAACCUCAACUACUAUCCCAUCUGUCCUAACCCUGACCUAACCGUUGGCGUUGGCCGCCACUCUGACGUCUCUUCCCUCACCAUUGUCUUACAAGACCAGAUCGAUGGUCUCCACGUGCGUUCUCUGGUGUCAGGGAACUGGGUUCACGUGCCACCGGUUCCCGGAUCUUUCGUGAUCAACAUCGGAGACACCAUGCAGAUCUUGAGCAAUGGUCGUUACAAGAGCGUGGAGCAUCGUGUCUUAGCUAACGGUAGCAACAACAGAAUCUCGGUACCUAUCUUUGUGAAUCCAAAACCAGAGUCAGUGAUUGGUCCUCUUCUCGAGGUGAUAGCAAAUGGAGAGGAACCGAUCGAUAGAGACGUCGUGUACUCUGAUUACGUUAGGUACUUCUUCAAGAAGGCACAUGAUGGAAAGAAGACCGUUGAUUUUGCCAAGAUAUGAUCACAAUCAGCUCUUGAUGGAGUUUGGUUUCUUGGUUUUGUUUGUUUGUUUGUUGCUUCUUGUUUGUGUGUGAAUAAAGAAGAAAGAAGAGACAUAGUCUGAUGUCUUCUUGACACUUUAUUUGGUAUUGUAUUGUAUAACUAUCACUGAUCAAUACAAAUUACUCUUUUUGUCUA